GAUGCUCCAUGCUCUCCACUGUUUUGGAGUAGGAGGAGGAGGAGGUGGAGAAGGAGGGGGGCCGCCGUGUGCGUCAGUAAGUCAAACAUGUUCCAGUAACGGGCUAUAUUAUCUGCUGCUAUUUGCAGUUUGCUGUAACCAGGCGCCAGACUGAGCUUGAGCAGAAACCAGCGCUUUUUCCCCUCAUUGCUCUUCUGUGAUGGAAACGAUCUCGAAAGAAAUGGCAUCUGCGAGGCUGCUGGCAGAGAAGAGGAAUCUAACCCUUACCCAAGGCACUACAAGCACCAUGCCAGAGACCUCACAUUCAUCAGACCCUCAGCUCUAAGAGGACAGAGGAUGUCAGGAGGUGUAAGGAGGAACGCAGGGAUGGGAAAUAGACCGGGGCUACAUGUGAGGCUGCUGGCGGUGAUUGUGUUACUGGGAGCUGAUCUGAGCUGGCUGGGCCUGAAAGACCAGGUCGGGGUUAACGCCCAGAACACUGAGAGAAGGAUAUUGACACACAUCCCUGGCGACAUCAUCAUAGGAGCUCUGUUCUCUGUCCACCACCAACCACCUGCGGACAAGGUACAUGAGCGAAAGUGUGGUGCAGUGCGUGAGCAGUAUGGGAUCCAGAGAGUGGAGGCCAUGAUGCACACUCUGGAUCGAAUCAACGCAGACCCCGCUAUCCUCCCAAAUAUCACCCUGGGCUGCGAGAUCAGGGACUCAUGUUGGCAUUCUGCAGUGGCGCUGGAGCAGAGCAUUGAGUUCAUUCGGGACACGCUGGUGUCCAACGAAGAAGAGGAGAGCCAGGGCAGGUGUACUGCAGAGGCAGGGAGCUUGUUGGUGCAGGGGAAGAAGCCCAUUGUGGGGCUGAUUGGACCAGGAUCCAGCUCUGUGGCCAUCCAGGUGCAAAAUCUCCUCCAGCUCUUCAACAUCCCACAGAUAGCUUACUCAGCCACCAGCAUGGAUCUCAGUGACAAGAGCCUGUAUAAAUAUUUCAUGAGGGUGGUGCCAUCAGAUAUGCAACAGGCCAAAGCCAUGGUGGACAUUGUCAAGAAAUACAACUGGAGUUACGUGUCCGCAAUACAUACAGAGGGUAAUUAUGGUGAAAGUGGUAUGGAGGCAUUUAAGGACAUGGCAGCAAAGGAGGGGAUCUGCAUCGCCCACUCUGAUAAAAUAUACAGCAACGCAGAGGCACAGAGCUUUGAUAAGCUGCUGCAGAAGCUACGAGCCCACCUGCCCAAAGCCAGGGUUGUGGCCUGCUUCUGCGAGGGUAUGACGGUCCGAGGCAUAUUGAUGGCCAUGAGACGGCAGCGUCUGGUGGGAGAGUUUCUGCUGGUUGGAAGCGACGGCUGGGCAGACAGGUACGAUGUUACAGAUGGCUACGAGAGGGAGGCAGCUGGUGGAAUCACUAUCAAGCUCAAGUCAGCGUAUGUGACCUGGUUCGACGAUUAUUACCUGAACCUGACGCCUGACGCCAACUUGAGGAACCCGUGGUUCCCUGAGUUCUGGCAGCAUCGCUUCCAGUGCAGGUUGAGGGGGCAUCCACAGGAGAGCAGCAUAUACAACCGGACCUGCACCUGGAGAGAGUCUCUGCGCCAACACUACGCCCAAGACACCAAGAUGGGCUUUGUUAUAAAUGCCAUAUAUUCCAUGGCUUAUGGCCUGCAUGCCAUGCAGGAAUCCCUCUGUCCAGGGUAUAAGGGCUUGUGUGAGAACAUGCGGCCCAUUGAUGGCCGCAAGCUGCUGGAAUUCCUGAUGAGAACUAACUUUACUGGUGUGUCUGGGGAGACCAUCCUCUUUGACCAGAAUGGAGACUCACCUGGCAGGUAUGAAAUCAUGAACUUCAAGCGCACAGGCGAGGAUGAGUAUGCUUACAUCCAUGUGGGAAGCUGGGACCAGGGUGGCCUAAAGAUGAACGAUGAGGAAAUCUGGAGUAACAACAGUGACAUCAUCCAGUCAGUCUGCUCUGAGCCCUGCCAGAAGGGACAGAUCAAGGUGAUCCGUAAAGGGGAGGUGAGCUGCUGUUGGACUUGCACUCCCUGCAAGGAGAACGAGUUUGUGUUUGAUGAGUACACUUGUCAAGCCUGUGUCCUUGGCUUCUGGCCCACUCAUGACCUCACCGGUUGUGCGCCAAUCCCAGUGCAGUAUGUGCGCUGGGGGGAUCCAGAGCCCAUCGCUGCAGUGGUGUUCGCCUGCCUGGGCCUCAUGGCUACACUUUUUGUUACAUCUGUCUUCAUCAAAUUUUGGGACACUCCUGUGGUCAAGUCUUCCAGCCGUGAGCUUUGCUACAUCAUCCUGGCUGGAAUAUGUCUGGGCUACCUGUGCACCUUCAGCCUGAUUGCCAAGCCCCACAUAGUCUACUGCUACCUCCAGCGGCUGGGAAUCGGCCUGUCCCCUGCCAUGAGCUACUCUGCGCUGGUCACCAAGACCAACCGUAUAGCACGGAUCCUGGCAGGCAGCAAGAAGAAGAUCUGCACCAAGAAACCGCGCUUUAUGUCCGCCUGCGCACAAUUGGUCAUCGCCUUCCUACUCAUACUGCUGCAGCUUGGGAUUAUUGUGGCACUUCUUAUCAUAGAGCCACCACAGGUGAUCUAUGACUACCCCAGUAUUCGUGAAGUACACUUGAUCUGCAACUUGACCACUCUGGGGGUGGUGGCGCCCCUGGGCUACAAUGGUCUACUUAUCCUGAGCUGCACCUUCUACGCCUUCAAGACUCGUAAUGUUCCGGCUAAUUUUAACGAGGCCAAGUAUAUUGCCUUUACCAUGUACACCACCUGCAUCAUCUGGCUGGCCUUCGUUCCUAUUUACUUUGGCUCCAACUACAAGAUCAUAACCAUGUGCUUUAGUGUCAGCCUCAGUGCCACAGUGGCUCUCUGCUGCAUGUUUGUACCAAAGGUGUACAUCAUGCUUGCCAAGCCCGAGAAGAAUGUCCGGAGUGCUUUCACAACAUCGACAGUGGUGCGCAUGCACGUAGGUGAUGCCAAGAAAGCUGCUAAGACUGGCAAAUCCUCUAGCAGCAUGGCCAACCUGUUCCGACGCCGUGGCUCUGCGCAGGACAACAUCAGUUCCAAUGGGAAAUCAGUGACAUGGGCGCAGAGCGAGCAGGCCUACAGACCAAACAUAUGGAAGAGGAUGUCAUUUCAUGUCAAGAAAAAGGUACCAGUGGAGGUGAACCAGACAGCCAUCAUCAAGCCGUUCUCUAAAGGAGGAGGUACACCUGGGGACGCUGGUGUCAAAGAGCAAUACGAGGAGCAACAGGUGUCUCAGCCCUUCGACUGCUCCCCCUCUCAGUCACCAAGGAGUUUCCAGGGAGGAGAGGCUGGAGAGGAGGGACAGGAUUUACCCACGUUCGUACCUGAGCACCCAGGUGGAGUGAGAAGAAGAGCUGGGGAUAAUGGCCAGGGUGUCGGGAUGGUGGAUGGUGGGGACAUAAGCGUCAUAGGUGUGGGUGACAUCGGCAUAGGCAUGAUUGGCAGCCAAGGUCAGGGCACGACUAUCAUGGACCAAAUCAGCUGCGUGGUUAACCGCUUCACUGCCAACAUCAGCGAGCUGAACACCAUGAUGCUGCCAGGGGGAGUCACCGUCAGCCCCACGUCCACCACUGCUCUGUCUACAGCUGCAGACGCCUCCCCCUGCCCACCUCAGUACCUCACACCCAGGAGCAGGCAGGCCCCCUCCACUGUCACCACAUACGCCGAGGUCGCAGCCGUCUCCAAUUUCUGCGAGAAUCGACCAGCAGGUAAGAUUUACGAACACCUGGCUGGGACUUGUGUGAGUAGCAGGCGAGCCAAGGAUAUGGAGGAGCUGGUGGCUCUGACGCCUCCCUCCCCAUUUAGAGACUCAUCUCUGAGCUCCAGCGGCAGCUCACUGCCCUCUGAGGCUGAAUAUGGCCAGCUGCUGCUGAGACACUACAGUCAGAGCUCCUCCUCUCUCUAAACCUGCUCUCUGUACACCUUGUUCUCCUUGGUUAUCAUCCAUUUGGAGUAUUUUAAACCCCAAAAGACAGAGCGUCACACUGGACCAAACUCUUGGAUGCCUUUCUACAUGUGGAUUAUUGAGCAGUGUUUAAAAUGUACUUUCAUUUUCAGAUUGGAUUGAGUGCACCCAUACAUUCCCUCAAUGAGAGGACUGAAAGAGACAUACCAGUGGCAAGACUGCAAAUGCUAAACGCUGAAAAUAAGCUGAGCAGUGUCAGUGCUUCAUCGUUUGUCUCCAAGUGAGUAAAACACUUGACAAACUGAAACACACAUACGGGCAUUUUACAGAGUUCUGAAUGCUAUACUAACAAACACAGGUCUAUUACUUUUCAAAUUCCAAAGAAAAUACUGAUAAGCUGAGAAAACAAAUGUAAAAUCACUUAUUUACUUCAUUAUAAAAUGGUUAUGAAACAGUGAGGAAAAUUAACCAAAUAUUUAUGUUCAGUGUUUCUUUGGAUUAUGCCAAAAUGGCUCUUAUACUGAAUCUCAAAAUGGCAUUUGAUUUUUGUAGGUAAAUGUAGGUAUUAUAACAUUUAAGAUAGUUGUAUUUCAGUUGUAUAUUUUGCAUCACAUAUAAUCAUAAACACAGAAAGUGUGAUUUUUUUUCUGAUUUCUUACUGUAUAUUAUUGCUGUUUCUGUACAUCUGAUGUUUUUUCUUCACUGACAAAUUGCCCUAAUCUUUAAUAUUUUGAGACCCAGGUGGAUGCAGAUUGUAUCAGCAUGACGGCAUCUGUCCAGAAGAAAAUAGCUCAAAUAACUUUGCCUGAAAUGAAAAGGUCAAACACGACUCAUUUUUUCUGCCCUCUAAUUAGUUGUCAAGUCUGGAAGGCAUAAGCGAGCAUUUUGUAUCCGGAUGCUAGAGGAGAAAGAUGCCGCAUUAUGUGAAUCAGGAAGCAGGUGUUUCUGUGUAGGGGAGUACAAUGACCUUCCCUUUUCUUGGAAACAAAACAUUUACUAAGAAUGAACCCCCCUCCCAUCCUGAGAGGACUGGAGCUCUUUGCAUCUCAAGGAAAUGUAAGACAUUUUCUCAAUGGACAUCAUCAGUUGUCAAACCCACAAAGAGCUCACGGACUACCUGGAUGUCUUCUUUAAUUCUUUUCUCUAGAUGUGACUUAGCUGAAUGUAUUUGAUAAUCUGAAGCGGACCAAAACAAUCUUCCACCUCAGGAUGUGUCCGAACCAAAAUACUUUCUGACAUCGACUCCAACCUGCUGAACGAGCGCUGUCAUCUGUUGGCUCGAAAAACGUUUCCAGUUUGCAUGAUGUCAAGAUUUGGUUGCACUCUUUAAGUUAUAUUUGUAAUGAAUUACCUUUUUUGAUAUUGUACAUGUGAAACCAAUACGAUGAAUAGAUACAGUAGCAAAGUAAUGAUACUAUCAGUGUGUUAAUGUGUUUUUAAGAGUCAUUUUAGGAGGAGAGAAGGGAACUGAAAGUGUGCUUCAUUUUCUAGACAUCUAUUGCAAAACAGUUGUUUCUAGCCUGGCUUUUUACCUACAUGUAUGUGCCAACGUCUCCCUGCAGUAAAUGGCAUUGUGUUUCUAUAAAUGGGCUCAUGUAUCAGGUGUUAAAAGGAGGAUUUUUUAUAAUAUUUCAUGACAUUUUUGACUAUGUUGUUUCUUAUGCUUGAGCAUAUUCAAUGAAUCUUUUCUUUUUUUGUAUCUGCAUUUUGGCCUCUCUGAGGAUCUCGAUGAAUGACAGUGUGGAUUGACAGGCGAGCAGAUGAUAAUGUUCAUGUGGGAGCUAGCUUAUGCUUGUUUAUCAGAUUUAUUUAUUUUUUUUCUUUUAAGUCUGGCUUCUGUCCAUCAGUCUUUAUUUUAUUUUUUUUUCUGAAUGUUUACACAGACGGGAAUGUGUUAAUGCUUUUUGAAAUGUGCAGUGUUUUUCUACUGACUUUGGAUGUAAAAAAAAAACAUCUUAGACAAUUGCCAUAUUUGCAUGCAGGUUUGUGCCAAUUUUGCAGGUGUUUACUACACAUUAAGCCAAUAAUUCACUGAUAUAAUCUGCAGACGACGUUUGUCUUGGUCUUAUUUCUUCCUCUGCCUUUGAAAUAGCCAGAAUUUACAAUUUAGACUUGUGCUGCAUUAAAGGUUUCCAUCCAAAUUCCAA